AUGUGUACUUGCAAACCAAAUAAUUUACCAAUUAAUAAAACAUCAUGUAUACCAUUAUUAGGAGAAUUUUGUGAGCAAAACGAAAAAUGUGAGGAAAUAAAUUCUCUGUGUAUUGACAAUAAAUGCAAAUGCAGCGAUGGCUUUAUACAACAAACCAUAAGGAAGUGUAUACCAGACCCAGUAAGAAAGCAAACUUAUUUAGGUAUAUCUUGUGACAACAAUUACACUUGUAGAGGAUUAGUAAAUUAUGGUAUUUGCUCUAAAGAUAGAAAAUGUGUGUGUGAUUAUAAUUAUAAUCCAAUAGAAGGAGGUGUUUGCGCUCCACUAUAUGGCGUGACGUGUUCGGGCAACGAAACGUGCGCACAAGAAAAGGCCUAUUGCAUUAAUAAGAAAUGUCGAUGCAAGCCUGAUCAUGUGUUUCGAGAUUCUAAAUGUGUAACAAAAGACUUAGGUGAGUCCUGCAAUAAUCAUAGAGACUGUUACGGAGUUGAAUUCGCAAUAUGUUCAAAAGACAGAAGAUGUAUUUGUUCUGCUCUCUAUGUUUCAAUAAAUAGAACAAAGUGUCAUCCGAUUUUAAAUGGAUUUUGUCGCGCAAAUGAGCAAUGUACUGUUCUAAAUUCAAUCUGUAUUAAUAAUAAAUGUCAUUGUGCUUUUGAUUACAGUGCUGAUGCCAACCAUCGUUGUGUUUCGAGAUCAUUAGGAAAAAUUUGUAAAUCAAAUUCAGAUUGUAAACAUUUAAAAAAUUCAAAAUGUUCUCGUGAUAACGAAUGCGUGUGUAGUGAUAAUAACUUCGCAUACAGCCAAAUGGAAUGUACACCAGUUGUCGAUGGUUAUUGUAUUAGUAACGAUCAAUGUCAAUUUCACGGAUUUCAUUGUAUCGAUAAUAAAUGUCGAUGUAGACCUAAUUUUUCACUGCUGUCUGCUGAUCACUGUAUAGAAACUCAUUUGCUAUUUUCUUGUAACGAUACUUCAGUGUGUAGUGAACCAUGGCACACAGUUUGCUCAGAAGAUAAAAAAUGUGUUUGCAAUUCAAAUAAUAUUGCGGUGAAUAGAUCUACAUGUUUACCUAUUUUGGAUGGGUAUUGUUGGAAAGAUGAUCAAUGUCAGGCUGAAAAUUCUUGUGAUCCUUAUCGACCACAAGGAUGUUGUCUCGAAAAAGACGUGUGUAAAUACAUGAUAGGGUACUAUGUAUGUAUGGAUAUAGUUACAUUAGGGGAACCUUGUGAAACCGACGAGAAUUGUCGUGACAUACAUCGUGCCGUAUGUUCGAUAGAUAAAAAGUGUACUUGCAAACCAAAUAAUUCUCCAUUUGAUAAAAUAUCAUGCAUACCAUUAUUAGGAGAAUUUUGUGGGCUAAACGAAAAAUGCGCGGAAGUAAAUUCUCUCUGCAUUGAUGACAAAUGCAAAUGCAGUGAUGGAUUUAUACAACAAACCAUUAAUAAGUGUAUACCAGACCCAGUAAGAAAACAAAAAGAUUUAGGUGAGCCUUGCGAUGAUAAUACAGACUGUUACGGUGUUGAGUAUGCAAUAUGUUCAAGAGAUAAAAUAUGUAUUUGUUCUGAUCCAUAUAUUUCAAUAAAUCGAACAAAGUGUCAUCCGAUGUUAGAUGGAUUUUGUCUUGCAAAUGAGCAAUGUGCUGUUCAAAAUUCGAUCUGUAUUAAAAAUAAAUGUCAGUGUGCUUUUGAAUACAGUUCCGAUUCCAAUUAUCGAUGUGUUCGAAGAUCAUUAGGAAAAUUUUGUGAAUCAAAUUCAGAUUGUGAACAUUUAAAAAAUUCAAGAUGUUCUCGUGAUAACGAAUGCGUGUGUAGCGAUAAUAACUUCGCAUAUAAUCAAAUGGAAUGUACACCAGUUGUCGAUGGUCAUUGUAUUAGUAACGAUCAAUGUCAAUUUCACGGAUUUCAUUGUAUCGAUAAUAAAUGUCAAUGUAAACCGAAUUUUUCACUGCUGGCUGCUGAUAACUGUAUAGAAACUCAUUUGCUAUUUAAUUGUAACGAUACUUCAGAGUGUAGUGAACCAUGGCACACAGUUUGCUCAGAAGAUAAAAAAUGUGUUUGUAAAUCAAACAAUAUUGUGUUGAAUAGAUCUACAUGUUUACCUAUUUUGGAUGGGUAUUGUUGGAAAGAUGACCAAUGUCAGGCCGAAAAUUCGUGUGAUCCUGAUCGACCACAAGGAUGUUGUCUCAAAAAGGACACGUGUAAAUACGUAAUACCGUUCUAUGUAUGUAUGGAUAAAGUUACAUUAGGGGAACCUUGUGAAACCGACGAGAAUUGUCGUGACAUACAUCGUGCCGUAUGUUCGAUAGAUAAAAAGUGUACUUGCAAACCAAAUAAUUUUCCAUUCGAUAAAAUAUCAUGUAUACCAUUAUUAGGAGAAUUUUGUGGGCUAAACGAAAAAUGUGCGGAAGUAAAUUCACUUUGUAUUGAUGACAAAUGCAAAUGCAGCGAUGGAUUCAUACAACAAACCGUUAAGAAGUGUAUACCAGACCCAGUAAGAAAACAAAAAGAUUUAGGUGAGCCGUGCGAUAAUAAUACAGACUGUUACGGUGUUGAGUAUGCAAUAUGUUCAAAAGAUAAAAGAUGUAUUUGUUCUGAUCCAUAUAUUUCAAUAAAUCGAACAAAGUGUCAUCCGAUGUUAGAUGGAGUUUGUCUUGCAAAUGAGCAAUGUGCUGUUCAAAAUUCGAUCUGUAUUAAAAAUAAAUGUCAGUGUGCUUUUGAAUACAGUUCCGAUUCCAAUGAUCGAUGUGUUCGAAGAUCAUUAGGAAAAUUUUGUGAAUCAAAUUCAGAUUGUGAACAUUUAAAAAAUUCAAGAUGUUCUCAUGAUAACGAAUGCGUGUGUAGCGAUAAUAACUUCGCAUAUAAUCAAAUGGAAUGUACACCAGUUGUCGAUGGUCAUUGUAUUAGUAACGAUCAAUGUCAAUUUCACGGAUUUCAUUGUAUCGAUAAUAAAUGUCAAUGUAAACCGAAUUUUUCACUGCUGGCUGCUGAUAACUGUAUAGAAACUCAUUUGCUAUUCAAUUGUGACAAUACUUCAGAUUGUAGUGAACCAUGGCACACAGUUUGCUCAGAAGAUAAAAAAUGUGUUUGUAAAUCAAAUAAUAUUGCGGUGAAUAGAUCUACAUGUUUACCUAUUUUGGAUGGAUUUUGUUGGAAAAAUGGCCAAUGUCAGGCUGAAAAUUCUUGUGAUCCUUAUCAACAUCAUUCAUGCUGUGACAGAAGUGACGUUUGCAAACGGAGAUCAAUGGAACUAGGAGACUAUUGUAGAAAUGAUAAUGAUUGUCUUGGUAUAUCUCUUGCUAAAUGUUCAGAAGAUAAAAGGUGUGUUUGUAAACUGAAUUCUAUUCAAUUUACUGAAACUAAAUGCUCACCACUAUUAGGAGAAUUUUGUAGAAAUAAUGAAGAAUGUCUGCCAAAUAUUUCUGUUUGUAUUAAAAACAUGUGUAAAUGCAUCAAGGGAUUCAGAGAAGAUGCUAACCAUCAAUGCAUACCAAAGGUAUUGGGAUCUACUUGUGGGGAUAAUGCAGAUUGUUCUGCUAUAAAAUUUUCUGAAUGUUCAAAGGGUAAAAUUUGUCAAUGUGUAUUAAACACAAUUUCAUUGCGUGGUAAUGAAUGCUUACCACUUUUGAAUGUAAUUUGUAAGAAUAAUUUAGAAUGCAGAGUAAAUAAUUCAGCUUGUAUUUAUAAUAAAUGUCAAUGUAUUUCUAAUUACGUUCCUAAUCAUUAUGGGGAAUGCCAAAGAGCUUCACUGGGACAAAUUUGUGUUUUAAAUUCAGAUUGUCAAAUUUUUGAAAAUUCAAAAUGCUCAGUAAUUAAUAAAUGCGUUUGUAAUGAUAAUAGUGUAUUGAGGAAUUCUGUAUGUGUGUCAAUUUUAAAUGGAUUUUGUCUAAAUAAUGAACACUGUCAAUUAUAUGGAUUUUAUUGUGUCGAUAAUAAAUGUCAAUGCAAACCUAAUUUUAUGUCAGUAUCCGUAAUUCAAUGCGUAAAAACACAUUCACUGUUUUCUUGUAACGAUAGUAAAGAUUGUGGUGAACCAUGGCAUACACAAUGUUCAAAAGAUAAAAAAUGUGUUUGUAAAUCUAAUAAUAUUGCGAUAAAUAGAUCAACAUGUUAUCCAAUUUUAAGAGGACAAUGUUGGAAUGAUCACCAAUGUGCAACCAACAAUUCUAUAUGUUUUGAUUUUCGGUGCAAGUGUAAAACUAAUUUUUUUGCUAUUUCUAAUAAUUUAUGUGUACCUAAUCCUUAA